AUGGCCAAGUUCAAAGCUAUUUGUGGGGGCAGGUACCCUGUGCCUGCAGCCCUGCCGCAGGCUGUAUCUGUGGGGAAGGGGCACAGGUGCCCCACUGCCACCUGCAAACCACUGCUGAGGGUGCUGUGCAGCCGGCGGAUCUGGAGCAGGGUGUCUGUGCUUGCCCACACGCCCCAAGACCUGCCCGGCGAGGGUCACCCGGGAAGUGGGCUCCAUCCCCUCGCUCCUCAGGCACCACCGGCUGCUUCACACCGGCGUCACCGCGAGGCUGCUCCCGUGGGCACCACCAGGGCCAAGGCCGGCGCGGAUGGCUUCGUCCGUGUGGACCGGGACUACGUGGCGCAGGCAGCAGAGCUGGCGCGGGCAGGGGGCUGCCAACACUUUGUCCUGCAGUCCUCCCGGGGGGCAAACCAGCACAGCCGCUUCCUCUACCUCCGCGUGAAGGGGGAAGUGGAGAACCUGGUCCAGGCUGUUGGUUUUGAUCGCUGUACCAUUCUCCGGCCAGCGGUGCUGCUGUGCAAGCGCCAGGAGUCCCGCCCCGCGGAGUGGAUGGCCCAGCAGUUUCUGCGUGUUGUGGCUCAGGUCUUCCCCACCGCUUACUCAGUGCCUGUGGAAACAGUGGCCAGGGCUAUGGUGGCCAGUGUGCUGCAGCCAGGCGAGGGGAAGGUGGAGGUGCUGGAGAAUGGGGCCAUUCACGAGCUGGGAAAGGCAGUGCCACAGCAGGGCACGUAG